UAAUUUAUUUAUCAGGAAAAAAUUUUGAACUUUUUGUUAUCUUGUGCCUAUUUCUUUAAAAUAAAAUAGGCCCCAACCACGCGUGACUUUGAACGUAAGAAACUCCAAUUCUGCGACAGUGAAGCAAAAAGUGGAUGUGGAUUCAUUUUUGUUCACUCAAGUAUGUGUUCAGAAUCAAUAUUGUGUUUGUGCUUGGUGGAGUGUAGUUUUCCCGGUUGUUCUUUCUCAACUUACAUAACCUCAAAAAUGUCCCAAGUAGAAAUUAAAGAUUUCCGAUAAGUGUUAUUAGAUGAUGUGUUCAUAUUAAUAUUUAACCAGUCGAUUGCUUUAUUUGCAUAAAAAUGUCACACUUGACUGAACAUUUAAUAAUUGGAACUGUGUUAUCAACUCUUUUUAUCAUUUUUAAUUAUUCCUUGCAUCGGAUAGAAGAGGGACAUGUUGGGGUGUAUUUUAGGGGAGGCGCACUUUUGCCUGUAACAAGCUCACCAGGGUAUCAUAUGAUGAUACCCUUGCUGACAAUAUACAAAUCGGUUCAGGUUACUCUUCAGACUGACGAAGUCAAGAAUGUCCCUUGCGGCACCAGCGGCGGUGUUAUGAUUUAUUUCGAUAGAAUAGAAGUUGUUAAUCAUUUAAAUGCCAAUAGCGUUAUGGAUAUUGUCCGAAACUACACUGCCGACUACGACAAGACCCUAAUCUUCAACAAAAUCCACCACGAGUUGAAUCAAUUUUGCAGUAUUCACACCCUACACGAGGUUUACAUCGAUUUGUUCGACCAAAUCGACGAGAACCUCAAACAAGCCCUCCAGCGCGAUUUGCUUGAAAUGGCCCCUGGCCUCACCAUCCAAGCCGUCCGCGUAACAAAACCAAAGAUCCCCGAAGUCAUUCGCAAAAACUACGAAUUGAUGGAAGGCGAAAAGACCAAAUUGUUGAUCGCGACGCAACAUCAAAAAGUCGUUGAAAAAGAUGCCGAAACUGAACGAAAACGAGCUGUGAUUGAAGCUGAAAAAGAAGCGCAAGUUGCAAAAAUCCAAUAUCAGCAAAAAAUUAUGGAGAAAGAGUCAUUGCAACGAAUUGCUCAAAUCGAAGACGAAAUGCAUUUAGCAAGGCAGAAAAGUCACGCAGAUGCUGAAUUCUACCGAAUGAAACAACAAGCUGAAGUUAAUAAAUUGUUGUACACGCCGGAAUACAUCGAACUGAAAAAGUACGAGUCCUUGUCGCAAAACAACAAAGUUUACUUCGGCAAAGACAUCCCGCAAACUUUUAUCAGCUCGGGGUGUUCCGGCGAAACUUUCGCCGAUAAGAAGAAGUUAGAAGGGCGACCCUGAUUGUGAUUUAAUUCUAAGUUACCGAAAUAAAGUUUUGUCGAUUUCAAA